CUGAAGAGGAAGGCAUAAAUAGAGUUUUAUUCUGUGGAACUAAAAAUUACUCUGACCUUCUGCGGGUGUGUGUGUGGUUAUUCUGGACCAUGCUCUCCCUGUGGUUGUUCCUGCUCCCUUGCCUGAGCCUCCUGCCUCUGGCUCCAGCCGAGAAAGGCCUGGAGUUCCCACAGUAUGACGGGAAAGACCGGGUCCUUGAUGUCAAUGACAAAAACUACAAGAAAGCCUUGAAGCAGCACAACAUGCUAUGCCUGUACUUCCACGAGCCAAUACCAGACAGCAAGGAGCUGCAGAAAAAAUACCAGAUGACUGAGCUGGUGCUAGAGCUUGUAGCUCAGGUGUUGGAAGAGAAGGACAUUGGGUUUGGAAUGGUUGACUCACACAAGGAUACAAAGGUGGCUAAAAAGCUGGGCCUGGAGGAAGAGGGCAGUGUAUACGUUUUUAAGGCUGAUCAUGUGAUCGAGUUUGAUGGCUUUCUCUCAGCAAACACCUUGGUGGAGUUCUUAUUAGACUUAUUGGAGGAACCAGUUGAGGUGAUAGGAAACGCUCUGGAGCUGAGAGCCUUUGACAGGAUGGAAGAAGACAUCCGCCUCAUUGGUUACUUCAAGAGCGAGGACUCUGAGCAUUUUGAGGCGUUCAAAGAAGCAGCAGAGCAGUUCCAGCCCUACAUUAAGUUUUUUGCAACAUUUGAGAAAUCCGUGGCAAAAGAGCUGACUCUGAAGUUGAACGAGGUGGAUUUCUAUGAGCCUUUCAUGGAGGAGCCGGUCACCAUCCCAGGCAAGCCUCACUCUGAGGAGGAGCUGGUGGAAUUCAUAACUCAACACAGAAGACCAACCCUGAGAAAACUGCGUGCAGAGGAUAUGUUUGAGACCUGGGAGGAUGAUAUAGAGGGUAUUCACAUUGUUGCCUUUGCAGAGGAGGAAGACCCUGAUGGUUUUGAGUUCUUGGAGAUCCUCAAGGAGGUUGCCAGAGAUAACACCCACGUACCAGAUCUCAGCAUUGUCUGGAUUGACCCUGAUGACUUCCCUCUGCUGAUCCCCUAUUGGGAGAAGACCUUCAAGGUGGACCUGUUCAGACCUCAGAUAGGAGUCGUCAAUGUUACAGAUGCUGACAGCGUGUGGAUGGAGAUGGACGAUGAAGAGGACCUGCCCACUGCACAGGAGCUGGAGGACUGGAUCGAGGAUGUGCUCUCUGGUAAAGUCAACACAGAGGAUGAUGAUGAUGAUGAUGAUGAUGAUGAUGAUGAUGAUGAUGAAGAUGAUGAUGAAGAAGACGACGAUAACGACGACGAGGAAGAAGACGAUGAUGAGGACAAUGAUGAAAAUGAUGAUGAUGAGGAGGAGGAGGAUGAUGGUGAGGAUGAGGAAGAUGAUGAAGAGGAGGAUGAAGAUGAAGAUGAUGAUGAAGAGUAAUCCACAAUAGUAGAUGUUGACUUUUCAGUUUUGUUGUUGAACAAACUGUACAGUCAAAAUAACUUUUCACAAAGAAAUAAUUCCAAAUUUAUACUGAAGAUGUGCCAGCUCAUUAUAAUAAUAAAUAAUUAUAAUAUCUAUAAUUGUCAUGUUUGACCAUGUAAAUAAGCCUGGAAUGGGUUUUGGAAUUUAAAAUAAAUAAUAUAUACACCUUA